AUGUCGGAGCGCGUCAACCAUGAUCAAGAGCUCCUCUCAAAGCUCGUGCCUGCUUAUGCCCCAGGGUGCAAGCGCCUCACUCCAGCACCAGGAUAUCUGGAAGCUGUGGCCAUCCCCAAAGUCACGUACGUGAUGGACAGCAUCGUCCGCGCGACCACGUCCGGCCUCGUCACAGCCGACGGGCAAGAACACAAAGUGGACGUCAUCAUCGCGGCGACAGGAUUUCCCGAAUUUACCGUACCCAGGUACCCCAUUAUCGACCAGGACAGCGUCACGCUGGAGAGCCUGUGGAGUCCGCACGGCAAGAUAGGGUAUCCCAAGUCGUACUUUGGCGUCAUGACCCCCGGGUUCCCCAACAUGUUCUUCGUGCUUCAAGUUCAAGGGACGUCUCUCGGAGGAACUGUCCCCGUCCAAUGCGAGCAGACGGCAACGUAUAUUGCACGCUGUAUCCGCAAGAUUCAGUCACAGUCGUACUCAGCGCUCGAGCCGAGCCAAGAUGCCACCGAUGAGUUUGACGCUGUAGUCAACGGCUUCUUUGCCGACAAGGUGUCGACGGAUUCGUGCAGCAGCUGGUGGAAGCUUGGUAAGGGUAGCACGCGCGUCACUGUGUCUUGGCCGGGCACCGGACACCACAAAUGGGACAUAUCCCGGGAACCGCGGUGGGAGGACUUUGUUUUCCACCGUCAGCGUGGUGCCUUGGGUAACCGAUUCGAGUAUUUUGGCAAUGGAUACACACGCAAGGAAGUGGACGGCUGUCAAGAAGAUCUGACGAGGUAUUUGCGGCCGAGGGGAAAGGUGGAUCUACGAACCCUACACGAGAGUUGGACAGAGACCUAA